AUGUACUCAUCUUCCAAAAAUGCCUGGAUGACAAGAGAUAUUUUUAUUCAAUGGUUAUUCUUAGUGAAUGAACGAAUUAAAAUGGAAAAGAGAAAAAUUUUAAUAAUUCUUGAUAACGCUUCGUGUCAUGAAAAUAAAUCGCUCUCAAAUAUCGAAUUGCUGUUUUUACCCAAAAAUACAACUCCGAUUCUCCAACCAUUGGAUAAUGGGAUAAUCAAAGCUUUUAAAGAUAAUUAUUCGAAGGCGUUAAUUGAAUUUAUUUGUUGUAUAGAUGAAGAAGAUUUUUACUGCGACUUACUUAAAAAAAUUAAUUUACGCCAAUCAUUGAUAAUAGUAUCGAAAUCGUGGCAAAAUGUAUCCUCCGAAAUAAUUACAAAUUGUUGGGAUAAUACUUUCGGCAAUGAAAUAUUUGUUGUUUCUGAUAAUCUGACGGAUGAUGUUAUAGAACAAGUUGUAGACGAAGUGUUGGAAAAUACGGAAAGCAGCGAUAAUGAAGAAAUUUUUUACAGUGGUAUGCAAAAUAAACAGACUACGGUCAAAGAAGUAGUAGCAAAAGUGAAUGAAUUGGAAGAAUCAGUUCUAGAUAUAGCUCCAAUUUUGUUAAAUGAUUUUUACUGCUUCAGACAAAAUUUGUUCAUUUUUGGAACACUUAGUGUUCCAACUUCAAAUGGGAAAAGGGAAAGGACAUCGCUAAGGCUGAGGGAAGUUAUGCAACGGUCUGGUCAGCUUUCCAUCAAGACUAACAGCCACUGA